UUUGUUGUCAGUUAGAGAUUUUAAAGGAGACGCUGCGCGCGGUCGUGUUGCUGAGGAACCGACUGUGGAGAAUUAUCGAUGUUGGAUCGAUUAUCAUGAAUGAUAGUGUUUAUUAAUUUCAGUAAUCAUGUCUGUGAGUAAAGAGGAGAGUUUAUCCCCGGAUGAGAUGCGACAGAAACUUUACCAGACCUUCAAGAGCCGCGGGCUGCUGGACACCCUGAAGACACAACUGCGUAAUCAGCUGAUCCAGGACCUGCAGCGGCCGACAGGAGACCCGGCUCCUCACACACACUCGGUGUUGGUCACUGCGUGCAACAGUGUGGUGGCGGAUCAUCUGCGGAGCGCUGGAUACGAGUACACACUCUCCGUCUUCCUCCCCGAGUGCGGGAUGAGCAGAGACACGGUGUUCUCCAGCCGAGACGUUCUGCAGCUCCUGAAGAUCAGUCCUCACACACCGUUACACAGAGCUCUGGUUUCAGAUAUCCAGUCGGGACAGACGGGUUUCCUGAUGAGCCUCUUCACGGAGCUGACGGACAGAAACUGCUGUGACACGUCGACACAAACCUCCUCUAUAUCUGCGCAUAAGGAGUCUCUGGUUGAGAAGAUGCAGCUGAUCGACGAGGAGUAUGAAGUGCUCCGGCACAGAGGAGAGCGCUGGCCGUCCAUCGAGGCGAAGCUUGCGGAGUUCAGGAAGGAGAUCCAGGAGCAGGCGCAGCUCGAGCUCAACGCAAAGAUGCAGCACUUCAUGGAGGUGGAGAUAGCGAAGGUGAAGCGCGAGGAGAAAGAGGCUUCUCGAAGAGAGAUCCUGGAGCUGAGACGAGACCUGGAGAGAACGUAUGAGCUGAAGACCGAGGCUCUGAUGAGUCGAGAGAAGAACGCCAUCGAGCGAUUACAGCGACAACAGGAGACCGAGGAAAAGGAUCUGUAUGCUCAGAGACAAGCCGUGCUGAGAGAGAUGGAGUGUGUGCGCAGCGGAGAGAUGCAGCUGAAGCUCAGGAUCCAGGCCUUCGACAAGAGCUGUGCGCUGCAGGAGGAGAAGCAGAAGAGCGUGGAGGAUCUCCUGAGGAGGAGAGAGCUGUGUGUGAAGAGCCAGGAGGACUCCUUCCAGCAGAGACUGCACAGCGAGAUCCUCAAAUGUCAGCUGGAGCUGAAGGAGGAUUACACCAGGAGAACGGACACACUCGCAGAGCAAGAGGACAGGGUUCGAGCAGAAACGCUCCGUCUGCAGGAGAAGUCCGCUAAUAUCCAUGCUAAAGCAGAAGAGCACGAGAGACGCGCAUCAGAGGUCAAACGUCUGCAGAUGGAGCUGGAGUCGGCCCGAGCGCAGGCGUCUGUCCUGACCCGAGAGAACGAGCUGAUCCGAGAGAAGCUGGAGGACAUGAGGGAUUACUCAGCGCUGAAGGAGGAGACACACGACCUGCAGACUCACAUCACACUCAUGAAGAUCCAGCUGGAGGAGGAACGGCAGGAGAACCUGCGCCUCACACAAGAGCGCCGGGGCCCGUCUGAGCAGGAGCUGGUCCUGCAGGCCGAGCUGCGGAGACUGGAGAACACACGAGCGCUGGACCAGCAGGAGUUCGAGACACAGAGAGGCGUCCUGCACACACAACUCCAGCACGAGGCUCAGCAGUGUGUGCUGUUGAAGGCUCAGCUGCAGGAGUGUGAGGAACGCACCGCAUGGAUGAACGCUCACACACACCAGCUCCAACUCCAGCUCCAGCACACACAGCAAGCUCUGGAGAACGAGGUCCUUCGAAAGCCUUCGCUGUUAGAGCGAGCCGUUGUCAGUGUGACCCCUGACGUGUACGCAGACUCCGGCUGGAGGCCCAGGGCCGCGUGUGCCGCUGAUGUGGCUGAAGCGGGGUCCCCCAGGGGCCGAUCGACUCGCGGCGAGGCCCCCGAACACGAGCACGACUCGGGCCUGGUGAGCGACGCUCUGGCUCGGAUCCGGCAGCUGGAGCUGGAGGCGGAGCGACUCGAGGAGGCGUACAGGAGCCAUCAGAACCGAGGCCCCAGAACCUGCGCAGUGGAGAGACUGAGCCGAAGCCCUUCCCCGAGAGAGAGAGCCCCGCCGACACGCCGCAGAGCCGAGGGCCGGGGCGAGCAAGGUAACGCUAUAACUACAGCAACCGCUAAAAUGUGCUUUUGUCGAACUCUGUGUUAAUGCCAACCGCACACA